AUGAAUACCUAUUCGAAAUUUUCAAAAAUACCCAAGUUGUUUUAUUUAUCCGUAUUAUUCUUGGCACUGAAGUAUGGCACAGACCUAUCCCAGGCUAAUGAUCUUUUAAAAGCCCAAUUAAAUGUUUUAAAUUCAAGGAAUUUAUCUGAAAAUCCUGUUGUAACUGAGAAUUUAAGUAAUAAUGUAAAUGAUCUAAGAACUGAAUCAAAAUGUGAUGAAAAUGGAAAUCUGUCACCAUUUAAUGAUUUUAUGAUGGAAAUGUUUCUUUCUAGCGAACCUAGUACUUCUAGUAAUCCGAUUAAACCACCAAAGACGUUUACUAUCAGUAGUAUCUCUGAUGAAAGUGACUUAGAUGAUGAAAAUAAUACAACUCAUAAAAUUAAUAAAAUUAGGGUAUCAUUUCCCGAUGAUAUGGAUGAUUAUUCACAUCCUUUCGAUAAUAUAACUCCAGAUGGUAAUUCCAAUGACUCUCAUUCUAGUAAAACAGAAUCUUCAAACGAAAAUACCCCAUCCACGAGUUCGUUGGAUAGAAAUGCUGACCAAGAUAUCGAUUAUAAUUCACAAAACGUAAUUAACAAUGACGAAGUGAAAAAAAAAUUUUUAAAAGCCUUUAUAAAAACUGAUAAACGUAAAAAGGAUACUGUACAUGAAAAUAAAAAUGAAAAGAAAAGUGAAAAGAAAAGUGAAAACCAAAAUGAAAAGAAAAAUGAAAAGAAAAAUGAAAAGAAAAAGAAAAUUAAAAAGAAAAAAGGUCAUUCAAACAAUAAUUCGGGACAUGAUGAGUCUUUCGAUUGGAAUCAAAGUGAAGAAGAAAUCGGUUCUAAACUUGCAAACUAUGGUAAAGCAAAAGAUGCACUUGAAAGUUGGAGAUCGAAUGUUAUUGAAAGAUUACAUAAUAACCCAUCAUUAUCGAAUGUAUUGUCUUCUAUACAUACUAUUAAAGAGAUCGAACAAAAUCAUUUUAAUCUUAUGAUGUUAGAAGAACAAAAUAGUUGUAUACUUUUAGGAAAAAUUAAUAACAUACCACAGAAAUUUAUAAGAGACAAAUGGGAUUUUGCUCAUGACAGGAUGCGCCAAGAAAUAAAUAAUAAACUCCCUAAAAUAUUUGAUGAUUUAUAUAAUUAUUCUAAAAAAUAUAGUGGAAAUGCUAAAGAUUUAAUUUUAGAUAUAAAAAUGGCUCAAAGCAGAUGUGCAAAAUUAAGAGGGUUAAUACACAAGCAUAACCAAUAUUUUUUUAUGAAAAACAUUAAACAGUUUUUGGAGGACAUACAAAGCUAA